AAAAAAAUUAUUCGACAGUUUAAGAGGAACAUGAUAAAACUUCGUUUAUGAAAAUUAAAUUAGAGGAGUUAUCUUUUUACUCAUAUUGCAUAAUAUAAUUAUAAAUAAUUGUAUCUGAAAUAAAAUGGUCAGAGGAAGUGCACGAAUUAAAGCUGGUGGUAUAAAUAUGGCUCAAGAUGGUCCACAAAUGAUCAAACCUCUAACAUUAAAUAUGAGUUUAUUUCAAUUUUUAAGAACUGGUUAUUUUGAAAAAGAUCUAUUAACUUAUUGUACUAAUCGUCUUGCUGAAUAUUCAUGUAUAUAUUGGCUUGAUCCUACAGUGAAUGGAAAUAGUGAUUCAAUAGAAUCGAACUUAGCGUUUACAACAAUGACUACUACUUCAACAAAAACACAAUUGACAAAAUAUCCAAAUGACUCUAUUAAUCAAACAUCAAUGGAAAAUAUAAUAAAUUUAAACACUAAUAAAUUCAUCAAUCAAAAUAAUACAUUAAAUGAAACAUUGAUUAAUUCAUUCAAUAUACAUAAAUCAAUAAAAUCGAUUGAAUUUGAAAAUGAAUCAAUAAUAUUACAUAAUAAUCAAAUAUCAAUAAAUCAAUUAAUGAUUCCAUUAAUUCUAUUUGCAUUAAUUAUAAAUUUCUUAAUAAUCAAUACAAUAAUAAAAAUAUUAUAUAAACAAAUACCAUGGAUAAUAUUUUUAUUUUAUAUUAUUAUACUGGAUCAAUUUGAUUUAUUGAUCUGUAUUAUUGAUCUUAUUAUUGAAUCAUAUUAUGAAAUUAAAUUAUUUAUUAUCAUACAGUUUUUUGGACGUUUUUAUUGUCAAAUUAUACCAAUGUUAUAUAAUUUAAUAAAACAUAUACAUUCAAUAUUAUAUAUAAUUUUUACAAUGGAAACAAUCAAAUUAUAUUUGUAUCCAUGGCAACAAUUAAAUAAGCCAUUCAAACAAAUAAAACAAUUUAUACAAAAUAUAUUGAUAUUAAUUAUUGUUAUAACAAUUAUAUUAAAUUGUCAAUUUAUAUGGACGUAUGAUUUAUCAAAAUUAGAAACAUUUAUAUUACAUGAACGUAUAUUACAUAAUAUAUACAAAUGUGAUUUUGCAUUAACAUGGAUAUUAAGUCCAAUAUUUUUAAAUUAUAUAUGGCCAUUAAUAGAUCACAUAAUUGGUGAUAUAUUACCAUGUGUCAUAUGUUUAUUUAGUGGAUUAAUUAGUUAUAUAUUAUAUCGAUUUCAAGUAAUCAAAUAUCAGAAAGAAAUCAAUAAUAAGUUCGAUGAUCAUCAUAAAAGUAGUCAAGAGAAAUAUUUAACUAUAUUCAUCAAUAAUAAUAAUAAUAAUAAUGGACAAAGAUAUAAUAAAAAUUAUUUAUCAUAUAUUAGAUGGAUUAUGAAAAUAAUUCGAGUAUUUAAUUUAAUUUGUAUUAUUCAUGGAAUAUUUUUGAUACCACGAUGUUUAUAUUAUUUAAUGAAAUAUUUCUUCUUUAUAAGUAGAGUAACAAAUCGUAAUAAUGUACGUAAUCAUGAAUUAGAUGAUUUUCAAAAUCAAACAGAUCAAGGACUAUUGAAUACUAUCGGUUAUAUUAUGGAAUUAUUAAAACCUUAUGAAAUUUAUUUAAGUAACUAUGAGUCUGCAUUACGUUUUAUAAAUUUUAUUGAAAUAUAUAUAAGAGUUAUUGUUCUGUUAUUUGGUAUAAAAGAAUUUAAAUCAAAUCUUUAUACACAUUUAACUACAAUCAUAAAUUAUUGUAAACGAUUAUCAUUAUGUAAUCUAUAUGAUGUAAUUCCAAAAAAAUGUACAAACGUUCCAUUCAUAAAUUAUGGGAAGAAAGUAUUUAUCCGAAAUUCUGGUCAUCAAGCUAAAUCUGUGCAUCGAACUACUACUGAUUUACCACUGAAUUAUGAAAAAGUCAAUGAAGAUGUUGUCGAAAUGUCGGAAUAUUUACACAAGAAAAACUGUAGCUCUGGUGAUCUCAGCAAUGAUAAUACUAAUAAUAGUAAUGAACAGAAGAAAAUACCUUCUUUCGUAGAAUAUGGCAACACAAUGAAUUCACAAACCUCUUUAAUUACUAAUACCCAGUUUAAUCAUACUACUUAUAAAUAUAAAUGUAAUGAAUCGAAUACAAUAAAAAUUAAUAAAUUCACAUCUAAUCUUAACAUUAAUGCAAAAUAUGAUUGGGCUACUACUACUACUACUACUACUACUACUACUACUACUACUACUACUACUACUACUACUACUACUACUACUACUACUACUACUACUACUACUACUACUACUACUACUACUACUACUACUACUACUACUACUACUACUACUACUACUACUACUACUACUACUACUACUACUACUACUACUACUACUACUACUACUACUACUACUACUACUACUACUACUACUACUACUACUACUACUACUACUACUACUACUACUACUACUACUACUACUACUACUACUACUACUACUACUACUACUACUACUACUACUACUACUACUACUACUACUACUACUACUACUACUACUACUACUACUACUACUACUACUACUACUACUACUACUACUACUACUACUACUACUACUACUACUACUACUACUACUACUACUACUACUACUACUACUACUACUACUACUACUACUACUACUACUACUACUACUACUACUACUACUACUACUACUACUACUACUACUACUACUACUACUACUACUACUACUACUACUACUACUACUACUACUACUACUACUACUACUACUACUACUACUACUACUACUACUACUACUACUACUACUACUACUACUACUACUACUACUACUACUACUACUACUACUACUACUACUACUACUACUACUACUACUACUACUACUACUACUACUACUACUACUACUACUACUACUACUACUACUACUACUACUACUACUACUACUACUACUACUACUACUACUACUACUACUACUACUACUACUACUACUACUACUACUACUACUACUACUACUACUACUACUACUACUACUACUACUACUACUACUACUACUACUACUACUACUACUACUACUACUACUACUACUACUACUACUACUACUACUACUACUACUACUACUACUACUACUACUACUACUACUACUACUACUACUACUACUACUACUACUACUACUACUACUACUACUACUACUACUACUACUACUACUACUACUACUACUACUACUACUACUACUACUACUACUACUACUACUACUACUACUACUACUACUACUACUACUACUACUACUACUACUACUACUACUACUACUACUACUACUACUACUACUACUACUACUACUACUACUACUACUACUACUACUACUACUACUACUACUACUACUACUACUACUACUACUACUACUACUACUACUACUACUACUACUACUACUACUACUACUACUACUACUACUACUACUACUACUACUACUACUACUACUACUACUACUACUACUACUACUACUACUACUACUACUACUACUACUACUACUACUACUACUACUACUACUACUACUACUACUACUACUACUACUACUACUACUACUACUACUACUACUACUACUACUACUACUACUACUACUACUACUACUACUACUACUACUACUACUACUACUACUACUACUACUACUACUACUACUACUACUACUACUACUACUACUACUACUACUACUACUACUACUACUACUACUACUACUACUACUACUACUACUACUACUACUACUACUACUACUACUACUACUACUACUACUACUACUACUACUACUACUACUACUACUACUACUACUACUACUACUACUACUACUACUACUACUACUACUACUACUACUACUACUACUACUACUACUACUACUACUACUACUACUACUACUACUACUACUACUACUACUACUACUACUACUACUACUACUACUACUACUACUACUACUACUACUACUACUACUACUACUACUACUACUACUACUACUACUACUACUACUACUACUACUACUACUACUACUACUACUACUACUACUACUACUACUACUACUACUACUACUACUACUUGCUACUGCUACAAUCGUAGUUCGCUUGCUCAUUCAUUUUGCCUCUCUGCUGUCUGGUCCGAAUUAUCUACUAAAUAA